AUGAUUCUUGUUAACUUGGCAUUUGGUAUGCUCAUCCUUGCUCAGAUUGGAAUAGGUACUGUGGGUAAUGCUUUACUCUUUUGUCAUUAUGUCUGUUCUCAUUUUAGGAGACAUAGAUUGAGACCAUUUGGGCAAAUAAUCAACCAUCUUACUUUAGCCAAUACUUUGAUUCUUCUUUGGGGAGGAAUCCCUGGGACAAUGGCAGCCUUUGAGUUGAAAUACUUCCUACAUGAUAUCACAUGUAAAUUUGUCUCUUAUUUUUACAGAGUGGCCUGGGGAAAUUCUCUUAGCACCACCUGUCUUUUGAGUGCUUUCCAGGCCUUAAGUAUUAACCCCACAAACUAUAGAUGGGCAGAACUCAAAUUCAAAUCCCCAAAGUACAUUAAUGCUCUAUGUAUCCUGAGUUGGAUGUUUCAUUUGCUGAUAAAUAUUAUUGUUCCCAUGAGAGUGACUGGACUAAAGAAUAGCAGAAAUAUCAGUGUGAAAUCAAAUCUUGGGUAUUGCUCUCAUAGAUUUAUUAACACAAUUACAGAAUCAAUAUGUUUAGUUAUUUUCACCUCUAUUGAUGUUAUUUGUUUGGGACUCAUGAUAUGGUCCAGUGGAUCCAUGAUAUUUUUCCUUCACAGGCACCAACAGCAAGUCCAAUACAUUCACAGCACUAGGCAAACCUCCCAAAUAUCCCCAGAGAGCAGAGCCAAAAAAGCCAUCCUGAUACUUGUGAGCACUUUUGUUAUAUUUCAUUCUCUCUCUUCUGUUUUUGAAAUGUAUGCUUAUCUUUUUGACAACCCACAGUUUUGGCUUGCAAACACUAUUGUGCUUCUAACAUCUUGUUUUCCAACCCUCAGUCCCUUUUUGCUUUUAAAAAGUGACCCUCAUGUCUCUAGGCUAUGCCAUUCCUGAUGAGGAAGUU